AUGGGCAAAAAGAAGAGCAAGACCAACAGGACGGAGGCCGCCUCAGGUGCACCAGCAAAUGCGUUCACUACGACGACCUCGACUAUCGCAGCGGACCCCAUCCUUGGCUUCAGGAUCCGAGUUCUUCUCCACGAUUUCCUCAAUGUCACCAAAGAUCCUCGUUCACAGAAGCGCCUCAACUCUACAAUGGACGAACACUAUAUCAGUGUCCCAUAUUUUGACGAGGGACAAGCUGCGAUGGUCAAAGCAGCGAUUAUAGAUGUUGACCUUGUCAAGCAUGCUGCAGCUCCAGCCGCAGCUGACGAUGUUGAAGAUAUUGAUCGGGAUUUAUUGAUCUCACAACAUGGAAAGGAUUUCGAAAACGCAGUUCGAACGCUUCUGGGUGGUUUCCUUGACAAACGACGUGCUAGCGGUGAUGCUCGACCGUGCGGACCUCAUCAUUUGGCACCUUUAUAUGCCAGGUUCUUUGGUAUUGAUUUGGAAGAACUCAAGGAGGACAGGUACCCUACUAGACGCCUCGCCAACCUGAAUCUUGGCUCUCUUCUUUCUCGAAAUCAAACCGUCCUCCCGCGAACAACUGCCUCUCGACACAACACAAGACUACUCAGCAACACCAGAUCCCUCAACAUGUCAAACGACGACGAUUACAUGGCUUUCUUGAACAAGGCCAACCAAGACACAGGCGCUGGUGCCGCAACUCAAGAAAAGGCACCCUUCAAGACCAAGGACCAGGGCGCUCAAGUCCCCAAACCUAUCAGUGACGUGUGCAAGAACGCCGUGUACACCUCCGACGCAGACGAGCCCUUCCAAGAGGUUUCUCUCAAGUGGGAGGGCAAGAAUGGCCUCCCCAGCGAGUCCGAAUUCGCCAAACUCAUCGACCACUCCUCCCCCGACUCGGCAGAUAUCAAGAUCCUGGAUCCUCUCAACUGGGACUCUCACGGCAAAUACACCGACGUCAUCGAGGCUGUUCGAGAAGCCUCGCAGGGUAACGAUGUUCGUGUAUAUCAAGUGACGAGAGAUGCUACGAGGACCGAGUAUUGGGUCGUUUCACACGCUGACGGCAAGCUGAUUGGUGCCAAGGCACUCUCUGUUGAGAGCUGA